AUGCGUUCAUCUUACUUGAUCACGUUUAUUCCAUUCGUCUCCUUUGCUACCGCAUCGUUAUUCCCUCGCGAGACCUCUGUCGCCGAGUCAGUACAGCCAUCUGUCUCCGUGUCUGUAGCUACUGCCACACCAGCCGUGACUACAGCACCAGCUCUUACGUGUUCGGCUGGAUCAACCGUUCUCUACACGACCGAGUGCACAGUGGGAAAACCGAUCUCUUAUUGCCAUAGCCCGGAACCCCCCAUUCAAUGCCAGAGUGGGUACUUCCCCUCAGUCUAUCAUCCAGGUCAUUGCAUAGAGCAGUCAACCUGUUUCCCAGUCGACGCCGAUUGGAUUACAACAGAUUGCUCAAAUGGCGCUGUACCGUACUCGACCUCGACCCUUUUCGAGGGAACUUUAGCCGGUGGAAAAUCCACCACCAUUUCAGUGGUCUCUUGCACUUGUUCUUCUGAUCAAUGGUAUAGUAUGACGGCUGUCAAUAGUGACUCCAGUGUUGAAGUGUUCUGCAUGCCCUAUACUUCCUGCCCGUCUGGAAUGACAACUUCUACACGUACAAAUGAGUACUGUGCCACUGCUACUGGCACUGCUUGUGAUGGGAUUGCCCUUGAAACUCGUUAUUGUCAGUGUGAGAACCCGAAGCAGACUGCUGUGUAUCCGGCUUCUCUAGGUGCUGCUCCAACCGGUUGUGCCUAA